UGUUACAGUAACAGUUUUUCCUUUUCUGUGUCGAUUUCGUCGGGAGGGAAGCGACGGUUCCUGUCGGAUGGGCAGGUACAGCGGUGGAGAAGGAUCGUCGAUGAGGUCCAUCGUGAUACGAAAGCUCCUCUAUUGCGUUACUUCAUAUACGCCGGCCACAAUUCCUACUUGACUAGAAACCAGGUCAGUAGCAACUGGAGUGAUGUUCCGAUCGUAUAAGCUUUGAGAUGUGGCAUGAGGGUGAUUGAGCUAGAUUUGAGGCCCUAUGGUAAAGACGAUGUCUCUGUUAAACAUGGAAGGUAUCCAAUCUGAACUCGAGAAUGUUUGUUAUUUGUGGGGCAUAUGAAUCGAAAACAACUUCUGGUUUCCCAGAAGUGAUUACCAAAUACCAAUUCGAGCAACCAAUCUCUGCAUCGGAAACUUUGUUUUUAUGUGUGCGCUAUUUAUUUUACUGAAAUUAUGCCUUCUGCAAGUGGUUUUAGGGUUCUCAAAAAAUAUAACCGAAACCAAGACGAUGAAGAUAAGGAGGUAUGUGCGUUGUAAAUGUCAGGCCUGUUGACAGCACCAGAGUAAAUGUCAGGCCUGCUGGGAAACCAAAGAAUGGGCUACGAAAUACACAAAAGGUUUUAGCAGAGCAUUGUGGCUAAUGCAUUGGAUGUUUUAGAGCAAACGGAGGGUGGGGUUACGUCAAAACGUCAAAAGCUGUAUUUUCUUAUGAAUAUAGGUCCCAGUGGUAAAGUUUUGAUCCCCAAGCUAAUUUGAUGGUGAAGAAAACAUUAGAGAUAUGUCAAGCUACUGUGAAGGACCGUUGGUUUCUCUCUGUAUGCUCCAACUUUCUUGCUUAAGCUCUAACAUGCAGGCAAAAGCCUGUACGGGAGACGGGUGGCAAGUGGACUUCACACCGAUUUGUCUUCUCCUCCAGACUCCUACGUUAAAAGCUGAUAUUGCCGGAGUACCUGCUGAUGAGGGGAUGGUGAAAACAGAACUUAGGUUCAAUAACUGGACACCUGUUUGGAAUGAGAGUCCACAUUCCACUUAACCGUUCCCGAAGUUGCUUUGCUUCAUCAUUUUGAAGUCUACGAGUAUGACAUUUCUGAAAAAGAUGACUUUGGAGUCUGAAAUAAGACAGAGUUUGCGUGCUGUUACACUCUUUGAUCAAAAGGGCGAGAAGUACAGCUCAACUCGACUUCUCAUGCAUUUCGAUUAUGUCCUAGACUCCUACGUGAUUUGCAGGAGUUAUUUUAUGAGGCAAAAUCCAUGAACUUUCUGCAUGAUCCGAGGAGAGAAUAAAUAUAAAUACAGACAAGUCAUUGACUGGAAAAGGCACUCCACUUGAAAAUAUCUCAUCAGCAGCUUGAAGUGUUAUUGUACAAACGCCUUGUUUUGCUCUUUUCUUGAACUGAGAUGAAGAGAGAUAAGGGAAAGUACAGAAUGGGCUUGUGUUUCACUGGUGAGUUCAGGAUCAAUGGCCAAACUCCUCCUGAUGUGGAGGAAGCUUUCGCAGAAUAUGCGGAGGGUGGGGCCCACAUGACGGCUGAGCAGCUGAGUCGGUUCUUGGUUGAAGUGCAGGGCGAGACCGGUGUGUCGGUGUCGGAAGCAGAGAAGAUCAUAGAGCAAGUCGUGCAUGCGAGGCAUCAUAUCACUAAGUUCAUGAGGCAUACCCUCAAUCUUGAUGGUUUCUUCUAUUUCUUGUUCUCGACUGAUCUCAAUGCCCCAAUUGCUAACAAGGUGCAUCAGGACAUGAGUUCUCCAUUGUCCAACUAUUUCAUAUACACGGGCCAUAACUCUUAUUUGACGGGAAACCAAAUCAGCAGCAAGUGCAGUGACGUCCCUCUCAUCAAGGCAUUGAAGCGAGGUGUUCGAGCUCUUGAACUUGAUCUGUGGCCAAACUCCACUAAGGAUGAUAUUCUUGUUCUGCAUGGCUGGGCCUGGACACCUCCAGUGGAACUGAUCAGAUGCUUGAGGUCCAUUAAGGAUCAUGCCUUUUCGUCGUCUGUGUAUCCCGUGAUCUUGACUCUGGAAGAUCAUCUGACCCCUGAUCUUCAAUCCAAAGCAGCCGAGAUGAUCAAGGAGACGUUUGGGGACAUGGUGUAUGUUCCUGAAUCCAGUUGUUUAAAACAGUUUCCUUCACCAGAAGAUCUCAGGUACAAGAUUGUAAUAUCCACGAAACUUCCAAAAGAGAAACUCUCGAAAAAAGACAAGGAUUCUGAGUCAGAUGUAUCGGGAAAAGCCUCAUCACAUGCUUCAACAGAACAAGCUGAUGAUGAAAAGCCCGAGGACAGGACAAGUGAAUGCAAUCUGUCCAUUGGUGACAGCGAAUUUGACCAAGAAUUCCGAGUAGGAGGCAUACUCACAUACAAACUUCUGAUAGCUAUUCCUUCUGGAAAUGCAAAAAAUGGAUUAAAGGAAGCGCUUAUGAUUGAUACCCGUGGUGUUAGACGCUUGAGCUUGAGAGAGCAGAAGUUCAAGAAAGCAACUGAAAUCUACGGAGCUGAAGUCG